GCCAAGACGGAAGAUUGGAAAUGCACAGAAGUCGACCGAGCCCGAUGAGGAAAAUUGCCUAUUUAGCCAACAAUCUUAUAUAAACUGAAUAGUGGCGGCAUUAGUAUGAAGUAUAUUGCCAGCCCCUGAAUAAUGGAGAAGAGCUCCUCAUGAGAUAUGGCGCAAGACACGCGAUUCGAUGACGACCUAGUAUUUAUAUCAGACCCGGCUCCUGGGAGCCUACCUAAUAUGCCGGAUCGUCGACUCACACGUAAUUAUUAUCGUAGACUUUGAUAUUCAAGAUGAAGAGCUUUAGUGUUCUGUCCGCGCUGGCCUUUGCUGGCAUUUCAGCUGCUCAGACUCCGUCGGGCUUCACCCCCGUUGUGGAGCAAAAGCUCGAGGUCACGUUCGGGUCCAAGUCUGUGACGCCCGGUCUAGCACUGGCGAAAACCGAAACCUCAAGGCAACCGACCAUUGGUCUGAGCAUUCCUGCUAACGGUACCUAUCUGUGGAUGCUGAUCGACCUCGAUGCAUCGACCAACUUCAUAAAUCCCGGCCAGGGUCAGCCAGCUACGUAUCUUCACACCGUGAUCCGAGACUUCAAGGCUAGCGGCAGUUCGUCAGCCGACGGGGUCAGCACGCUUACGUCCACUGCCAACGGCCCCGUGGCGUGGUUUGCCCCGGCACCUCAGCCGGAGAAUCCCCCUCACCCGCACCGAUACACAAACCUACUUUGGGAACAGCCAGAGAACUGGCAGGUCCCCGCGGCCGCGAACCAGAUGCUCCAGAGUCAGAAGACUGGCUUUAGCGUUCCCAAGUUCAUCACGGCUGCUGGAUUGAAGGAUCCCAUUGCCGCGAACUACUUCAACGUCACGGGUUGAGUGGGAAAUAUACAUGAGAACACGGGAUGGCCUACGAACACGAGAAUGUAUAUUAUAUGAAGAAGCCUUGGCGGAGAGGGCUUUGCGUUCGCUCAGUGUCGAAUACAUUUAUGACUCCUAUAU